CGGUCUUUCCUUCCCAAAACCCCCCCCGCUCUGGAGGGAGACGCUUGCUGCUUGGCAAGCCUUGGUGCCAUGGGGCAAACGCACAUCAAGUCGGCCUUGCAUAUUGAGAGUCGGAAACCUCCUAAGAUCCGUGUCGACAAGGAAGAUGCGGAGAACAUCUUCUUUCGAGGAAGAUGAGGCGCCGGAUGGCUUGACUCAGGUGACCGUGCGGGCAGUGGAGCGGAGUGGCCGGCUCAACAUCACUGGGCGCUAUCACCGACUACCCAAGCGGAUGGAAGAUGAUUAUGAAAGCCUUCCGCAAGUCCUGGGGUCUGGCUACAAUGGUGAGGUGAAGCUGGCCAGAUGCAAGACCACUGGGGCCAAGUUUGCCGUCAAAGCAUUCAAGUUGCGAGGGGUCAGCAAGGAGAAACGCAAGGAGCUGGAAAGUGAAGCAGAGAUUUUUCUGGGCAUGGACCACCCUCAUGUGGCUUCCUUGACCGACGUCUACGAGUCCGAAGAUCAACUUUACCUGGUCAUGGAGUGCAUGCUUGGAGGUGAGCUCUUCGAUCGUGUCGUGAAGCGGAAGCGAUUUACGGAGAAGGAUGCGGCCAAGGCAGUUUAUCAGAUGUUGCUGGCGGUGAAUUACAUCCACUCACAUGAUGUGGUGCAUCGGGAUAUUAAAUUGGAGAACUUCUUGUAUGAGGCCCAAGAUUCCGAUCAUUUGAAGUUGAUUGACUUCGGUUUUAGCAAGAUCUGGCAGCCCAAUACGACUAUGGCUGUGAGCUGUGGCACACUGGCCUAUGUGGCACCGGAGGUCCUGGAAAAGUCCUAUACCUCGCAAUGUGAUUUGUGGAGUUUGGGUGUGGUCGCCUUCAUCCUUCUCUUUGGCUACAUGCCUUUCUCCGGCCCUGAAACCAAGCAAAUUCACGACAUCAAGGAGGGGAACUUCACCAAAAAGCCAGCCAUUUGGGGUAAAGCCUCGCACACCUGCAAGGACUUUGUUCAGAAGUUGUUGGUGGUCAACCCCAAUAAGAGGCUGACCGCAGCUGAAGCUGUGGAACAUCCCUGGCUCAAGGCACAGGAUCACCAGCAUGUCAUUGAUCAGACCAUGGUCGAAGACUUGUGCAACUUUGCCAAGGUCUCAGUCUUCAAGCGCGCUUGCCUCAACAUGCUCAGCUGGUCCUUGGGGGUCGAAGAACGAAAGCAGGUGAGGGAUGCCUUCCUGCAGAUCGACAAGGAUCGCAGUGGCACGAUCACGAUCAACGAGUUCAAGCAGGCCGUGGAGCAAAAUCUCCAAAUUGAUGAUGAGACCUUGGAGAAGGCCUUCAAAGCACUGGAUGCCAGUCACAAAGAUGAAGUGCACUAUCAUGAGUUCUUAGCUGCGAUGGUGGCGUCCAGGAUUCACUUGCACGAUCAUACCUUGCAGGUGGCCUUUCGUCGCUUUGAUGUCGACAACUCGGGCUUCAUCACCGUGGAGAACCUUCGAGAAGUCUUAGGGCAGACCUUCGAGGGCAAUGAGGUGCAGAGCCUCUUGAGUGAGCUCAACCUGAAGAAUGAUGGUGCCAUCUCUUACGACGAAUGGCUUGAGUACUUGAAGGGUGCUCAUGGGGCUGUUGAGCCACACUAUGCUGAUGCUGCUGCACGUGUGAUUGACACAGAGAGGGGGAAGCAUCACAAGCAAGAGGCAGAAGAGGGUCGCACAUCCAGCAAGACCGUUCGGUCCAAGAAUCUGUCUCAGAACAAUUUGGGAGGGCGUCAGAGCCCCAACACGGCCAAGGAAGCGGAGGGGAUGCUCACGGCAUCACAAGUGAAGAUUGCAGAUCAGGAUGAUGAGGGGAAGCCCCUGGGAAAUCACAGUUGCUGUGACCAUGCUGGCUGCCAGCUUCAGUGACAGGUGCAACCCACGACCUCGCCCGUGGGGAAGGAUCAGGGAGAAGGAUUGAGGCAUUUGAGGCAUUGUUUAAACAUAGUCCAUGUUUCAAGCAUUUCAAACAGUUUGAUCAACACGCAUCAUUUCUCGAGGUGUAGGCGACCUCGAUAAUUUUUCCAGGUUGGAUUGCCAACGGGUUGGCUGAUGUGACACACUGUCAGAAGGCCAGGCACGUGUGCCACUUUAGGGCCAAGG